CAAACUGUACAUUGUGCGCUGGUCUAGCCGUCUCUCGUCGCCGCACGCCGAAGAAACGCGCGUGCUCCGCUAUCGACCAGGAACCCUGGUCCUCCUCCACGUCUCGUCACUUCUCGCCCAGUCUCAGCCCGUCGCGGCGUCCGCACACACUCUCGGUUAAAUCCCAGCUCGUCGGGGCGCGGCAACGCCUGCCGAAGCAUCCCCGAAGAUCGGUCAUCAAACGUGUACGCUUCCACUCCGCGUGCUCCGAUGACAGACUGGACAUCGGCGCGAAGAUGACGAAGAGGAAAAGACCGAUAGAUCGGUAGCCAAACGUCGAUCUAUAUAUUUCUCCCGAAGAAGACAAAGCAUCCUGCGGAUGUUUGCAUCUCGCAUCUCUUCCAGAGUGAGGAUUCCGUAUGGAAUAAGUUUGGCCGAUGAAUAUAUCAUCUGUCGACGGUUUCAGUUAAGAAAACAAGAUAUUAGGAGCGUAACGAUGCCUCGCCACUGCAACUUGAAAUUAGGAGCGUAACGCUGCCUCGCCACUGCAACUUGAAAUUAUAUUAUAAGAAGAGAGAUUUCAGAAAUAAUACAUAUGAGUGCUGUUACUAAGAAAAAGUAUUCCUGAAUAUGCAUUAUGUUCAAACAUUCCGCGCGUUAUAUCUGCGAAAUCAUAGUGGAUAUCUAAAAACAGCUGUUUGAGAGUUUCAUCUCUUCAAGUUCACAUGCGCAAGAACGCAAAAUUCGACCGAAUGAAUACAAUCGAUGGAUACACUUUCUCUGAAGAUGUAUACGUCAUUAAGCAUAACAUACAACCGAGUAAAUCUAGAAAGAAAAAAAUGAGCAAAACACUAAGUGGGACGGAGAAGAGACAAAAGAGAUAGUGCUGAGGUUUCAGCACUAUUAGAUUGUCGCGUAGAUGCGCCGCAAUUAUCAUCAUUGAAAAUAGUUACAGCGGCGCAAGUAGUUACGGAUGGAAGUAAGGAGCUCUUACUUGCUUGAUGAACUCGAACAGUUCUGAUUUCGGAUUAUCUGUGGCCAAUAAUUUUUUAAUUACACAUGUUGACGAACGGAUAAAAUGAUAUGCAUACUCAACAUAUCUAGAAAAAAUCGUUCACUAACGAUCAAGAAAUAAAUACGAGGACCUAAUACCGAAGAAGUGUUCCAUCACAUAGUACGUCGAGUAUACACAUUAAUUGAUUCGAACAAUAAACAAGAGUCGACCAGUAUCUCGGAAGUGCAGCUUCGCUGCCUGCGAAAAAGUUAUCGCUUAAAUAUGCGUGCCGAAUCGAGAAAUAGGAACAAGUCGUGGCGAUUAAACCGAAACGCCCCUUAAAUAAAUGUAGUGAUAUAUUGUUAUAUAUGCUAUAGAAUGGCAGCAACGCUUCGUAAACGUUCCAGAAGUCUUCCAGGUCCGUGCAACGGCCGUUAAAUUAAACGCGAAACGUCAACCAAGAGCUAGAUCGCAUAGUGAAUUAUAAUCGCGCUUACAAUCUUAUAAGUUCUCAUAAUCGUCAUUACGAAAUUCAUGGACCAUACGAACAUAUCACGUAGAAGAAACGUGAGUCUAAUACCUGUUAGGGGAAAAAGAGAAACAACGAAAAGAGAGACACCUUUUGCCAAUCCUUAGCUCACUUAGAUAGACAAUCAUUGAGAAAAAAGAAACCUGCUUCGAUACAGAUUAGACAUGUGUGCGCAUUUUGAGUUCUGGUGUACAUGCUGCGAUACAAUUAACUGCUAUAAAUAUUGCGCUACGUUCAAUGUAUUUCAUCAUGCGCUUUUUUAAUGCGAAUUAUGAUGUUUGUGAGCUCGCAACGAGUAAUCGUAUUUAUGGUACCAGAUGAGAACGACAUAAGGAAAUAAACAUAAAUUCUUGAUCGUUGCAAAGAGUGAUGGAUAAUAGAAGGACCAAGACUGCUCAAUUGAAUUCUAUCUCUUAAGCUGCCGUUCUUCGUGAGAGAAAAUUUCGAUGCAAUAAUGGCAAACAAAAAUGUAGCAUAAUGAUAUAUAAUUAACAAUAUAUAUUUCUUUUAUAUUAUAUAAACAAGAGAUACGCCCAAAUUUUAAUCCACGAGUUCCAAUUUAGGCCAAUUAGCGAGACAGAUGUCUAGACCGCAAGUGAUAUCGGUGUUCUGUUAUCGCUGCCACGGAAACAAACGCACUGGACAUAAUGUAUAUACUGAUUGUGCAAUUCUACCUUACAUAUAUGAAAGUGUUUGAUGCAUGCAAUCGCUCUGUUAUGCGUGAACACCAUUUUCUCGAAGAGGCACUGUUUCGCGGCGGCAAAAAAGCUGUUGACGAUAAGUGUGUCUCUACCACGGCAUUAAUCAAAACUAAAAUACAAAAAGGAGGUCUGCGGCUACGAAGAUGGCUAAUCGCACUGCUAAUUUUUCUAUUAACGUCGCUUUUCAUUAUCAACAGUUACAAUAUUGGUCAAUUUCGAAUUAUCCGAUUUGGUGUAAUGGCUAAACCAACUGCUCAAGAUGUAAUAACACAGGAAUAUGUAUCAACAGCGUCAAACGUAUACAUGCCAAUAGGCAACGGUGGCUUUCUAGUUCGCAACAAAGGAUGUCGAUUACCAGCAAUGGAUCCUUUAGAUCCUGCAGUUCGACGUUUCAUAACAAAAGAUACGUUCGAAUGCGAGUAUGGAAAUUUUCCACCAUUGAUUGAAUCGAACAAUACUGCGCUAUUCGUUAACCCAUUGGCGUGGAAUGAAUUCUACAACGAUCGGAGUGGCAUGAAUUGCUGCUGGCGACCAUUUUGGCGAACGAAAGACAAUGACAAUGCUAUUACGUAUGACACACAGUGCUACCCUUUUCAAGAUUCCUGCACUGUAAAUGCUGAAUUCGUAAAAGUUGAAUGUUAUCAAAACAACGAAGUAGUAUACAAAGAUUACUUCGCUUUCCUACCUCGUAAGCCUUCUGUAGAGACAAGAUGCAAGCAGACGCUGGAAACGGACACUCUCAUCGACGAUCGUCUCAGUGUUCUCGUUGUUGGACUCGACUCGGUUUCCAGAAUGAACUUUCACAGGAUGAUGCCAAAGACCGUAAAGUCGCUUCAGUCCCUCGGUGCCGUGGAGAUGUUGGGCUACACCAAAGUCGCUGAUAACACAUACCCGAACCUCGUCCCGGUACUGAGUGGUCUGAAUCAGGACGAGUUGCGAGAUUUGUGUUGGCAAAUGCCUAACAAAACAUUCGACGAAUGCCCGUUCUUGUGGAAGAAAUUCAGUGCUGCUGGUUACCGCACAGUGUUCGGCGAGGACGCCUACAGCAUGACCACGUUCAAUUAUCUGAAACCGGGAUUCCGCGAACAACCGACGGAUUACUAUCUGAGACCGUACUGCGUUGGUGCCGAGAACGACAUCGGCAACACUCACAAACUGAACGCCAAUCUUUGCCUCGGCACUAAGAAGACGUUUGACUGUAUGUUGGAUUACACCCGCAAAACGGCGAUCGAGUUCUCCUCGGAGUUUUACUUCGCCUUCAUUUGGCAGGCGAGUCUCACUCACGAUUAUUUCACGUAUCCCCAGUUGGGUGAUGACUCCUACCAUGAAUUCUUCAAAUAUGCCUCGCGGGAGGGUUUGCUGAAUCGCACAGCCUUGAUUGUAAUGAGUGACCAUGGUAUGCGAUGGGGCGAUUUCCGACAAACGUAUCAGGGGAAAAUCGAGGAUAGUCUACCCUUCGCCUUCAUCGUACUGCCGAGAUGGUGGCGUGAGAAAUUUCCGUUGGCUUGGGGGAAUUUGCGAAGAAAUAGCCAUAGCCUCACGACGCCUUUCGAUCUUCACGAAACGUUGUUGGAUCUGCUGAGCCCGCACCUUCUGCGCGAGUCGUUUCUUAAGAGGCGCAUUAAAACUCAGGCCGCAUCGCCUAUUCCACGUGGCAUCAGUUGGUUCCUGCCGGUGCCGAACAUUCGCACUUGCGACAUGGCACACAUUGCGAAUCACUGGUGCCAAUGCCACACCAGUAAUACGGUCUCGUUGAACGACACCGGCUUGCAAGACAGCGUGUCGUUUCUCAUGAGAAAGCUGAACGGUAUGUUGGAUAGGUAUCCGAUGUGCGCGACCUUGAACCUGAAAAUGAUCAAGGACGCGAAGGUAUGGCAGGAUAAGACGGAUGGCGCGACGAUGAUGGAUUACACGGUAACUAUACAGACCUCGCCAGGUGACGCAAUCUUCGAGGGUACGGUCCGCUACAAAGCGGAUGACAAGAGUCGCAAAUUAGCUGGAUCGAUCAGCAGGCUGAACACUUAUGGCACCCAGAGUGCUUGCGUUGACGAGUUCAACAUGCGUCUGUAUUGUUACUGUCUUUAGGCAUAUCCGAUGAACUGCUCGCGAGUGAUCAACCUUUUGUAUCUAAUAAAUAUCUUUUGUAUCUAAAUCGAAGCUUGAAGCAACCUAGACAAUAUGCAUAUUUAAAAGACAUUCUCGAGACAUAUAUUUAAAACGUCUUUUAGACAUGUGUUUUGUCUGACACUUGUGAGUAGAGAUCUCCCCGCUGGAGUUCGGUUCAAUUAGAUUCGAUUAUUGUCCAUUUCCACUAACAGUGAUAAAUAAAAGCUUUUUAAUUUUUUUGAUUUUUAAAAAUUUAAUUUAAAAAAAAUUUUUUAUCGCUGUUAUAAAACUCUUCAAGCGAUUUCAUUCAGAACUUUCAUUCAAAACAUCUUUUGUAUGUCUUAUAAUUUCGAUAAUAUACGCUUCGAAAGAAAAAAACCGAUUUCCUUUAAAGGGGUAUUUCACUCCCUAAAAGUGAAAACGAGUAUGUAUAAAAAAAAUAUGUAUCUCUUUGAUUUGUACUACAACAUGGUUUAUCAAAAUCGGAGAGGAGGGGGGGAGUGUUUCCGUUCUUUUUCUUGUGAGAAAGUUAAUCUACAUUAGUGGUAAUGGACAUAGAUAGAUGAAGAACCGUUACAAUGAUGAACUGUCUUGACAAGUUCCACAUUCGAUUUCGUAGGAUGUUGUCGCUUCUAUCUUAUUUUCUGAUAGAAAAGGACUUGCUUUUAUAUGUACAGUCAAACAAAACGGCUUGAUGGUAUCAAGCAUCGCGCAAAUCCAUAUUCUCGAGAUUAUUCUCAUGUUUUUAUGGAAUUUUUAUCAUAUAUCUUGAACAUAACUUAAUAUUUAUUUAUACAUAUAUUCUUCCAUAUAGCUUAUCAAUUAAUUUAAUCAAGUACUAAUAGAGAUAUAUUACAAACAUUAAGGGGCAGUCUAUCUUGUGCAUUUCAGAUUUUUAAGAUUUUUUAAAAGAGAGAACUAUAAAUAUUAUUACAUGAUUCCAAACUUUUACAUAUAUAUUUAUUGAUGUUUUAGGAGUUUGAAUUUCUAAAGAUUACGAAGAUAAUUAUUUUUAUUAUUAUACAAUGUUAUUGUACAAUGUGACGCGUUGCAAAAAAAUCUUGUCUUCCUAACGAAAGUGAUAUUCAUCAGUCAUUUAAAAUACAAAAUUCAAAUCAAUUUUUUUUACGCUCGUAUCAAUAAAAUAUGAAUAAUAUAAGACCGGGAACGAGCUAUUUUUUGGUUUUUCGAGUUACAAUUUAUUUUAAUCUUGACAACCAAAAUACAGUUAGUAGAACGUUUCGAACGUACUUAUCCUUCAGCCGCAUUAAUUUCUAAUGUCGAAUUACUAUACUUAAACAUAAAUCUCUACAUGAGGGUAACUAUGCUGAUUUUUGUCCGUUAUAUAAAAAUCAGCAUAGUUUUAUUCGUUAACUCAACGCGAGAACAGUUUGAAUCCAUGGUCCACUGUGAGGCAACGUCUCGAUGUUCCAAAUCUCUGAAUAAUAUAUCGCAUGGAUAAAGUACUGUGCUCGAUUGUGUGUCUGUUUCAUGCGGAGCUAACUACACGACUCAAGUCAGUCGUGUAGUUAGCUCCGCACUAAACAGACACACAACCAAGCAGAGUACUUUAUCUAUGCGAUAUACUAUUCAAAGAUUCGGAACAUCGAGAUGUUGCCUCACAGUGGACCAUGGAUUCAGACUAUUCUCGCAUUGUGUCGACGAAUAAAACUAUGCUGAUUUUUAUAUAACGCUGACCAAAGAAUAGCUCGUUCUCGGCCUUAUAUUAUUCACACAAGAUUCAAAAUUUUAGUUUUUAUUAGUUUGUCUAUGGAGAGUAAAUUAGAAUAAAAAUUGUUCAAAAAAUCUAUAUUUUGAAAAUGGUAGUGAUUGAAAGUUAAAGAAAAUAUUUCUAAGUAUAAUCAUUCAAGCAAGCUGUGACUUUAAUAAUAUUUGAUUCCGAAAAUAAAUGUUUGAAAGCAAUUUAUGCACAAUGCUUGUAAAUAAUAGAAAAGUAGGACGAUCGUUCGAGAUACCUCCAUCAGAGAAAAGGAACCGAAUGUUUACUUGAGCUUCUCGAAUAUUUGCUCCAGCAAAAGAAAAAAUAAUUAACUUUUUAAAUUAAAAAAUUAUGAACUUAAUGUAUAUUUAUAAAUGCUUCUUUCUUUUAAUACAUGUUUGACAAUUUUUAAUCAAAAUUUUACAUUUUUUUCGAAAAUAAGAAAUAAAAAAAAAGAACAAUUCCUUAACUGACAUCAUUAUCAUUACUCAUUACAUUCUAUUAUAUUAUCGAACAAAAUAAUUUGUAAUAAUGUGCCUAAUUUUCCUAAUAUUUCCACUUUACAAAAAUUAUAUUUUUAUCUUUAGAAAGGCUUUAUCUUCAAUAGAUAGAAUUUGCAGAAUACUUUAUGAUAGUAAAACUUAUAAGAAAAAUUAUAUCUAUGCGCUGUAAUUUUAUUAACUUUUUAAAUUUUGACUUAAAACUUUAGAAGUAUAUUUAAAAAAUUUUAAAGUUUAAAAUUAUAUUUGAAAAAAUUGACUGUUUUAUUUCUCUAAGAUAGACUACCUCGUUGAUGUAGAGUUGCUUAAGCGCUCGCUUUGCAACUCUUUCUUAUUAUGCAUCUUUCAACUUCGUUCACUUGCUUGUCCUCUCGCGUGACAUCACAUUGAGUAAAACAGCUUUGCACAUGAUAAAAUAACAUAUUUUAUCCACUAUAAUUUAUAUAAAAAUGACUUAUACUUGCGGACUGUCUCGCCAGUUCUUAAAACUAAAUCAAUAAACUUUUAAUACCUGUAAGCUUGAUAUGUAAUGACAUAUUACGGCGAUCAAUUCAGUGACCAAUCCGCCGACUCUCUAUAAAUAAAAAAAUAUUUUACUAUUUUUUAUGAGUGUAUUUCAUCAUACCAUUCUGUCAUGAUAGCGGCUGAAUAAAAUUAAUCAUUAGAUCAUA